UUUCUCCGCCUAUUUCUCUGUCAAAUCAUUCACCAUGCGCCCCUGUCCCCGCCUCCUCACCCGCAAACUUAAUUACCCAGGCCAUAUCCCCCUUUCUCCCGCCCAAAACGCCCUCCUCGCAGUUGGGUCAGGCGUUGUCGGCGUCCUCGACGUCACACGCGGUGAUCUCAUCGCUUCCCUCUCGGAGUCCACAGCCGGUAUUUUCCUUCCGGCGCUACACGAGAAGAUGAAAAUGACGCCUGAGGGGAGACAGAUUAUGAAGGAUCGACCGGAGAUUACGAAUAAGACGAUUGAGAAACUGAAAGAACUGAAGAGGGGCACGCUGGGGAGAGAAUAUGUAGAGUGGUUGGGAGGUGGAGGGCUGGAACCAGAGAGCCGAGCUCCUGUGCAAUACAUCGAUUCUCCACUCUUAGCAUACACAAUGCUUCGUUACCGCCAAACCCACGAUCUCUAUCACACCCUCUUCUCCUUACCCCCCACUCUUCCACACGAACUAUCCCUCAAAGUCCUCGAAUUCUCCAAUAUGUCCCUCCCCGUAGCACUCCUCUCUUCUGUUUUCGGUCCUCUGAGGUUAAAGAGAAAAGAGACCUGGACGCGAGAUUGGGUACCCUGGGCACUAAGGACGGGGCGGGAAGGGAGGAGCCUCGUGACGGUAUAUUGGGAGAAGAGAUGGGAGCAGGGCAUAGGAGAACUAAGAAGAGAACUGGGGGUGGAAAGAAAUGAUGCGGAGGGGGUGGAAGCGAGGUGGGGCGGGUAUAGAAAGAUUAGAGAAGUAGAAAGGGAGUUGAGAAGGAAAGGUGAAUGGGUGGAUGAACCGGAAGAUUGGUAGUCAACAAUCAUGUUCCUUGAGUGUCCG